UCAGUUCGGGAGUGCGCCUGAAACCCGGAAGCGGCGCAUCCUGGAUCCUGCUCGCCUUUGCGCUCCGGCCGUCGGCUGCGCGCAGGAGGGAGGCGAGCGUGAGAGAUUAGCGAGGCUUCGCGGCGGCUUCAGGGUAGCGAAGAGGGGGAGAAAAGCUGAACGAAAUGGGCAGCUCCGACUCCAAACUCAACUUCAGGAAAGCCGUGAUCCAGCUCACCACCAAAACGCAGCCCGUGGAGGCCACGGACGAUGCUUUCUGGGACCAGUUCUGGGCGGACACCGCCACCUCGGUCCAGGACGUGUUUGCCCUGGUGCCGGCCGCCGAGAUCCGAGCCGUCAGAGAGGAGUCACCCUCGAACCUCGCCACACUCUGCUACAAGGCGGUGGAGAAGCUGGUUCAGGGUGCGGAUUCGGGGUGCCCGUCAGAGAAGGAGAAGCAGAUCGUCCUGAACUGCACACGGCUCCUCACUCGCAUCCUGCCCUACAUCUUCGAGGACCCUGAUUGGAGGGGCUUCUUCUGGUCCACGGUGCCGGGUGCUGGGCGGGCUGGGGUAGAUGACAGUGAUGAUGAUGGCUCCCGCCCCCUGGCCGAGUCCCUCCUCCUGGCCGUCGCUGACCUGCUCUUCUGCCCUGACUUCACUGUGCAGAGUCACAAGAGGGGCGGUCCCGACACGGCCGAGGACAUCCAGUCCAUCGACAGCUGUGAAUACAUCUGGGAGGCGGGGGUGGGGUUCGCGCAAUCUCCGCCCCUAAACUACAUCCACGACCUCAACAGGACAGAGCUGUUGAAGCUGCUGCUGACCUGUUUUUCGGAGGCCAUGUACCUGCCCCCUGCCUCUGACAGCAGCAGCCCCUGGGUCUCCUUCUUCUGCUCCACGGAAAACAGGCACGCCCUGCCGCUCUUCACCUCCCUGCUGAACGUGGUGUGCGCGUACGACCCCGUAGGCUACGGCAUCCCGUACAACCACCUGCUCUUCUCCGAUUACCGGGAGCAGCUGGUGGAGCACGCUGUCCAGAUCCUCAUUGUCACCCUGGAGCAUGAGGGCGGGGCCUCCGCCUCCGCCUCCGGCCACACCCCGGACCCCUCUGCCUCCCCCUCCGCCAUGGACGACCAGGAGUCUGUGGGCCCAGAUAACCUCUUCGUGAAUUACCUCUCCAGGAUCCACAGGGAAGAGGACUUCUGCUUCAUCCUGAAGGGUCUGGCCCGCCUGCUGACCAACCCUCUGACCCAGACCUACCUGCCCAACUCCACCAAGAAGAUCCAGUUCCACCAGGAGCUGCUGGUGCUCUUCUGGAAGCUGUGUGACUUCAACAAGAAGUUCCUGUUCUUUGUGCUGAAGAGCAGUGAUGUUCUGGACAUCCUGGUUCCCAUCCUGUACUACCUGAACGACGCACGUGCCGACCAGUCCCGUGUGGGUCUCAUGCACAUUGGGGUCUUCAUCCUGUUGCUCUUGAGUGGGGAGCGUAAUUUCGGCGUGCGUCUGAAUAAGCCGUACUCCGUGCGCGUGCCCAUGGACAUCCCUGUCUUCACCGGGACCCACGCUGACCUCCUCAUCAUUGUUUUCCACAAGAUCAUCACCAGUGGACACCAGCGACUGCAGCCACUCUUUGACUGCUUACUCACCAUCAUAGUGAACGUGUCGCCCUAUCUGAAGAGCCUGUCCAUGGUGGCAGCCAAUAAGCUGCUGCAUCUCCUGGAGGCCUUCUCCACCACCUGGUUCCUGUUCUCCUCCUCGCAGAACCACCACCUGGUCUUCUUCCUGCUGGAGGUCUUCAACAACAUCAUCCAGUACCAGUUCGACGGUAACUGCAACCUGGUGUACGCCAUCAUCCGCAAGCGUAGCGUCUUCCACCAGCUGGCCAACCUGCCGUCCGACGCCGCCUCCAUCCAGAAGGCCCUGCAGAGGAAGAGGAAGUCGCCGGGGGGCAUCUCCCGCACCGCCUCCCAGGAGACGGUUUCCAUGGAGGGCUCCCACCCCGCCAUCCCCGCCGAGCCGGGCACGCUCAAAACCAGCCUGGCGGCCACGCCAGCCAUCGACAAGCUGACGGAGAAGUCGCAGGUGUCCGAGGAUGGCACCAUGGUCUCCGUCCAGCAGAAGGACUCUCCGCAGACCCCGUCGGACCACAGCUGCGCCGCCGGUGCCAGCGACACCGAGUCCAACUCGGGGAGGGACAACGAGGACGUCUUUUACACGGAGACGGAGACGGAGAGGAAGCGGCUGUCCAGCACGUCGUCGGCCACCGUGUGGACGCCCACGCCAGACUGGGUGCUCUCCUGGAAGAGUAAGCUUCCUCUGCAGACCAUCAUGCGUCUGCUGCAGGUGCUGGUUCCCCAGGUGGAGAAGAUCUGCAUCGACAAGGGCCUGACGGACGAGUCGGAGAUCCUGAAGUUCCUCCAGCACGGAACGCUGGUGGGCCUCCUUCCCGUCCCGCACCCCAUCCUUAUCCGGAAGUACCAGGCCAACGCCGGCACCGCCAUGUGGUUCCGCACAUACAUGUGGGGCGUGAUUUACCUGCGUAACGUGGAUCCCCCGAUUUGGUACGACACAGACGUGCGGCUUUUCGAGAUUCAGAGGGUGUAGCGGGGCGGAGCCGAGCAGAGUGACUGACAGCAGCAGGACUGGGCCGUAUUCCGAAUCCCACCCCCCCACAUCAGUCUGUGUGAGGAAGAGGAGGAGUGAGGAAGACGGGGGGUCACAGCGACUCACGUGGCCUGAGACUCCACCGGGGGGUUUUUCUUUUUUGUAUGAUUAUUUUUAUCAUUAUUAAAAUUGUUAAA